GCAGCACACAACCCACCUUUACAAGUUCAAUGGCUUCAAAUUCUCUUUUCAGUUCAGAUCACAUUUUCUCAUCAGAAUUCAGCCAAAUACCUCCGGUUUCUGUCUCCGUCGAAGAAAGCUUGGAGUCCUCUUUAAUGUGGAACCAAGAAUUCAUACUUCCAUCAUCUGAGAAAAAUGGGUACACAAAUAAUGAUCCAAUAAUACUUCCAUCAAAUGAUCUCACUUUUUCCUCGAAUUUCGACGGUGUUUUACCAUUUCCGGAGCAGCUCAAAAUUUUGCCGAUGACAGACUACGUACCGGAGCCAAUAUUAAUGACUUCGAAUGAGUUCGACGUUGGGUUGUCGGAUUACAACAGUACUGGUAAUAAUAGCCUUCAACAUCAAUAUCAAAAGGCCGCCGAGUUCUUACAUUUCCAGCAACCAGAUCAUGAGCUUUCUGCUUAUAGUGAUGAAGAAUUGCUAUUCAAUAAGACGUACAGCGAAAACGUAUUCGGACCGCGUUUUGAUCAUGCAGCUGGUUAUUUUGGUGACCAUAAUAUAUGGGAAAUGCAUCAUAAUCUUCAAGGUAAUUAUAACUCUACGUCGUCAUUUCAGAGUAGUAGCGUCGAGGAGCCGAAAGUGAGACGUUAUACCAAAGAAGAAAGGAACGAUCGAAUUCUCAAGUAUUUGAAGAAGAAAAACCAACGAAAUUUCAAUAAGACAAUCAAGUAUGUCUGCCGGAAAACAUUGGCCGACAGAAGAAUUCGAAUCCGAGGAAGGUUUGCGAGGAACAAUGAAUACCCUGAAGAAUUGUCGGCAACGUCAACUACUAAGAAUAACACUAAUGAUCAUGAAGAGGAAGAUAAAUAUCACUACAGUCAUGGUCCAUAUUUUCAAAAUAGUACUCCCGAGACGAAGCUCAAUAUCGAGUUGGAAGACGAGGAAUGGUUACGCGAAGCUGUGAACAAUCUCAUGUAUUUGCCCAUUUUUGACUGAUAAUUAGUUUUGCGAUGAAAUAUUUCGUUUUCUUGUACUCAAAUUAAUAAUACCAA